AACAUGAGUGAGGUUGAGGGUCAUAUUUGGGCGAAGUUCCAAAGCUUGGUUAGAACCAAAAGAGGUAGGCUACACGACGAUUACAAAGCAUGUGGCAGUGGGGCUAAGGCAAGAGAAAGUAUACCAAAAAAUGUUGAUGAGGAUGCUUGGAAACAUCUAUGUGAUUAUUGGGAUUACAUACUUGUCCAGGCUAAGUGUAAGCAAAAUGCAUUGAACCGAAGCAAGUUAAAGCAUCCACACAACCAAGGACCCAAUGCAUUUGUGCCCUCGCUUCAUGAAAUGAAAGCACGUGAAAAGCUUAAAGGCAAUGAUGACUUCACUAAGAUGGAUUUCUAUGAGCGGAGAAGAAGUAAGGAUGGAAAAUGGAUCAAUAACAAUGUGAAAAAAGCACAUGAGAAGAUGCGAGCAAAGGUGGAUGAAAGCAAAGACACCAACCAUCCUAUGAAUGGAAAUGAUGCAUUUAAUGAUGUCCUAGGAACCAAAUCAAGUGAUUGUGCAAGUCUCGGACAUGGUCCACCUCCUCCAGCUAAAAAGGUCACAUACAAGGAAUUAAAUGAGCGAUACAGGAGGCUAGAAGAGCAAAACAACUUGUUGUUGCACGAGCGCGACGAUUACAAGGAACAAUUGACUUCUACCAACAAUAAGAUGAAGGAACUCGAGGACAAUCACAAUGAACAAAUGGCUUCUUCAAUGGAUAGGGUGAAAGAACUAGAGAAGAAGGGUGCAUUCUUUGACAACAUAGCCUGCCAAUUGCUGAAACAA